UGUGACAGAAGAACCUACACUGGGUUGGCCACCUCUAUGUAAAAUAAAUUACUAAUGAUUAUUUAAGCUUACAAAGAUUAGUCAGAACGGACGUUGUACUUAUAUGGCAGAUGUCACAGUAACCGGCAGAGACUUUGACCCUUCAGGUGACUUCAUCAACUCCUCAACAGCACAAAGGUCAGAUACCUGUCAGGUCAUUUAAGACGGUUUCUGGUGGGGACUAACAGUAGAUUCUGUGGCUGAGGCAAUAGCAGUUGGUUUGGAUACGAUGGCUUCGGCAUCAAACCAAAUAAUUCUGACAAGGAUGGAGUAUGCAGCAAAGUCUCUAAGUUUUCUAUCCCCAAAGUCUCUCUCCAAAUGUGUCUCCGUUAGCACUUCCAUGACUCAACAGUUGCUAUAUGGCCCUCCAGCCAAGCCUCGGCCCUUUCGAGUGUGCAACCAUGACCGCAGCAUACGGAAAGGAAUAAUGGCCGACAGCCUCGGCGACCUGGUCGAGAAGGCACAAGACGCCAUGUUGAUGAACGAGGCUAUAACUCUAGUACUGGAUGAGGACGGGACCGGGGUGGACACAGAGGACUAUUUCCAGUCGCUGGAGAGCGGGGCGGUUUUCAUGGCUCUAGCGAAAGGACAGAAGUGGAAGCCUGAUGAACGGAAAGCCGGAUACCACGUCUCCCUCUCCAACAAGCCUCCGAAGAAGAUCGACGUUGCCCGUUUCAGUUUUGAUCUGUACAAGAACCACCCUGAGGAUUUCAUCGGCUGCUUGAACGUCAAAGCCACGUUUUAUGGCGCGUAUACUGUCUCUUACGACUUGCAGUGCCACGGAGCGAAAAGAAUGAUGAAGGAGGCUUUACGAUGGACGCUCUUCACCAUGCAAGCCACCGGCCAUGUCCUGCUGGGGACGUCGUGUUACAUGCAGCAGCUCCUGGAACAUACAGAGAAGGCCACGCCGGUGGAGGACAAACCCGCGCCUGGUCUUAAAGACUUGCUUCCCUUCUACCCGCGUAAAAUGCUGCUGUAGAGACCUGAAAGCACUUGGAGAACAUUAUGAAAACUCAACGAAGGCUUUCCUUUCUGCCGGGACAAGCACUCACUCCGCAGCUAAUCCUCACUUUAACCCGCUGGAUGCCGCAAUCUGUAUCGAGCAUCACGCUUGCACACGAGCAUGUUAACAUAGGACUGUUCCAGAGAACAUAGAGAAUAUUAAGUAGGUUUCUAAAGAAAGGUAUAGGCGACAGGUGUCCAAAAGCACAACGCUUUGAACUGCGUUUCUCGCGAUGCUUUAUGAGAUAGAGGAUGAUGGGCGAGGUAGUCCAGCAACAGAUAACCUUUAGGUUAAUCCCAGUAUAGAUGAAUGAUGAAAGCUGUCAUUAUCUCUUUGACAUACGGACUGUUCUGUAAGCAUUUCCAGGAUCUUCCUAUUACCCGCAGCUCAAUGACCCAAACGCUAAGAGUAACGCCUGUCGAGUACUCAUACUCCGAAUCCAAACCCAACAUUUUUAUAAGAUUUCCACCUGUUAUUUUGUGAAUGUUCUCGAUUUUAACUUAAAUUGUCUCACAGCGAUCACUUACAUAUUAAGAUAUUAUAUAUAUUUUACAUUUUACAACAGGUUUAUGACCUUUCAUUUUGACUGCAAUUCCCAUAAACCUUUGCUGGUACAAAAUAAAUGAUAUUUAAGGAAAUGUUAACCAUGCAGUACCGACCCCCCCCCCCAUAGGGCAGGUAAUGUAGACACUACACCGCACAAAUAAACUCAGAAUAUUUCUUAUCAGCUAAUACUAAAAGCGGCGUUGCUUGUGAUUCAGUCAGUAGCUUCACAGUGUGUGACUUUUAUCCGCUCCCCGCACUAAAUCUACUACAUGGAUGUGAUAUUAACGUGUAAUACUUUCAUAUUUAUUAUAUUUAUAAACCAAUUUCUGUUUAAUAUUAAAACAAAUGUAUUCAUUUUGUGCAAA